AUGGUUGAAGCCCCAUCGAAAAUGAUUGGUUUAAUCAUUUUCUUGGUCGUUCUAUUCAUUUUCGAAGUUGAUGCUGGAAUGCUGUGCUCGUUUUGUGAGUCAGCCAUUGAUGAACUCGAAGAAUAUUUGAAUCGCGAAGAAAAGGAAGUGGAAAACUGGGUAGAUCAAUUUUGUGACAAAGUGCCUAUUGCUGGUUCGAUUUGCAAAGAUUUUUUGAACCAAAAUAUUGAAUCGCUGAUAGAUCAAAUUGAGAGCAAUCAUACAUCUGAACAAAUCUGUGAAGAAUUGGCAUUGUGCUGA